UUCUACCUGCCUCCAUGUCAUUGGCAGUGCCCCCAGAUCCAACUGCCACCAUGUUGCUGGAAGCACGAGACCUCGCCCCAGCACCAGACCUGGCCCCAGAUCCAGCUCCAGACUUAGCCUCAGAACUAGCCCCAGAGCUAGCCACUGAACUAACCCCAGAUUCAGCUCAAGCCCCAGAGCUAGCAUCAGAUCCAGCCCCUGCCACUGCUCCUCCAGUCCCAGUCAUGAACCCGGGGUGUAAGAUCAUGACCUUCCGGCCCACCAUGGAGGAAUUCAAGGACUUUGCCAAAUACAUUGCCUACAUGGAGACUCAAGGAGCACACCGUGCAGGCCUGGCAAAGGUACAUACAUGUACACACUUUUCAUAUAAAUGGUUUUCUGACCUACUAGAACUGACCUACUCUGAAAAAGUCGUCCUAUUGUGUAUAUUUUGCAGUAUAACAAUACAACAGUUCACAUUGAAAAUCUCCUGGGUGCUCUAGAUUCUGACAGUUUAGUUUGAAUUCAGCCAUUCAAUGUUACUGUAUUGUUACUGUAGCGCCACCUACUUUGGCCACAUGUUUCUCUCCCUCUCUCUCUCUCUCUCUCUCUCUCUCUCUCUCUACCUCUACCUCCUCCCCUCUCUUGCUCUGUCCCCUCUUUUGCUCUGUCACUUUCACUCUCAUCUCCUCUCACAUCCUCACUCACUUUCUCACCGUCCCUCCCUCCCUUCUUGAAGGUGAUUCCUCCAAACGGCUGGAAGCCGCGGCAGUCGUAUGACACCAUCGAGGAGAUGGUGAUCCCGGCUCCCAUCAUGCAGGUGGUGACGGGCCAGUCGGGCCUCUUCACCCAGUACAACAUCCAGAAGAAGUCCAUGACCGUCGGGGAGUACCGUCAACUGGCCAACAGCAGAACGUAGGGCCUCACCUAGCUACCAGCCAUUCUACACCCAAUGAGACACAGUCAAAAUAAUGCAGAAGAGAUAAGGGCUGGGUGGUAUACUGUCUUUUACUAUAUACCGAUAUUGAUGCACUGAUCGGUUUGGGUUUUUACUUUACCUUCUAUAACAGUAUUUCAGUGUUAGGUUUGUUAAUUUUACCUUUAUUUAACUAGGCAAGUCAGUUAAGAACAAAUUCUUAUUUACAAUGACGGCCUACAUUAAUAAUAAUAAUAAUACAUUUAAUUUGUAUUGCGCUUUUUAUUACAGUUCUCAAAACUCUACUGAUGAUUUCUUUUUAUAUAUACAAUAGAAACAACAUACAUUUAGAAUCAAGGCAGUUAAAAUAGCAAUAGUGUUAAAUGUGAUACGUAACUCCGGCGCGUGUAAUGUCUGUUUUUGUAGUUUACUCCGUUUGCUUCUUUCAAGUUGUCUCUCUCCCUCUUCCUGCAUGCUGCUUCCCACAACAAGCACUGCCUCUCAAGGAAAGCAGUUGUUGGUGUUGCUCGACCACGGAGUCACAAGCACUUCACUUGUCAUUCACUCUGCAGUCUGCAUGGUCAGACACAAUAAGAGGUUGUUGACAAUGAUGCUGCUUUCAAAGCGUUUUAUAAUAACACUAUUAGUUUGUAUCUUACUGUCUGCAAACAGCUAGUUUGUAUUUUUUUAGCAAGUUGUGGCAAAAAAUAAAUGUUAGAUGGUAAUGCUAAUCGCUAGUUAGCUGAAUAGCUAGCUAGCUAAAUGUAAUCAGUUAGAGCAAACCUAGCUAGAUAAUACAGCCUGAUACCAGUGCUGGUGUAGGUCUAGAUCAACAUGUUGUUUGUGCAACAGUAUCUUCUAAAUCAGAGAGGAAUAGGUGAAGCAUGAAUAUGUUAGUUAGCUAGCUAUCAAUGCUAGCUAUCUACAUGAUUAAGUUAAAUGUAACAUCGUAUAGGGUCCCCUGGGAAACGCUGACCAACACUUUGGUUCCUAACCUGUCACAAUAAUUCCUAUUUAUUUGUUGUCAUGUCAAACAACAAUGUAUUCAAAGUGUUGCCCACUAUAUACCAACUAUUGAAUUACAAGAAUCAUUAUAUUUCCAUGAUUCGAACAGUACCCCAAUAAACAAGGCCUAGAUUGUUUGCCCAUAUCAUGCAGCCCUACGUGCCACAGUGUGGAAAUGAUAACAAAAGUGCAGGAAAUGCAGAAAUUGAUGAAAAUGCUUAAAACAAAUGUUGAUUGAAGUUGGAUUGAACAGUAUUAAGCAAUCAGAAUGGAGAAAGCCCACUUUGAAAUCAUUAAUUCAUGUGUUGCCACCCUAGAGUCAUUUAAAAAAAAUUGGCACGGGGCAAAUUUCAGGUCUGCUGAGCGCAAACUUAAUAGUAUGCCAUUUAGCAGACGCUUUUAUCCAAAGCGACUUACAGUCAUGCGUGCAUACAUCUUUUUUUGUAUGGGUGAUUCCGGGUAUCGAACCCACUACGUUGGCGUUACAAGCGCUGUGCUCUACCAGCUGAGCUACAGAGGACCACGACUUUCACAACUUGUAUGUUGUGAAAAGUCUGUGCAACUUCCGGCGCUGUGAACAUUGAGGCUGUACCCGCUUUAAGUUACAGUUUUAACAGUGGCCGAGUAGGCUACUGUGUCUAUUUGAUCAUAAUGUAGGUCUACCACAGUGGCCUACCAUCAAACAAUGGACAAAAAUGCAUCCCAUAACAUUUUUAACAUAGAAAUAGCUGUUCUAUCAUUCAGUCUACAGUGGCAGCCUAUGUGUGGUGUUCAACGUAGGCCUAUAUUCCAUGAGACUUUUGAAAAAAGACAUGCAGGGCUUGACAUUAACCAGUUUAUCCACUUCAGACAAGGUGCCUGAAAAUGUUGUCUUUGCAAAAUAAAUGUCAUUAUUAUUCCCAUACCAUUAUUACAGAGAAUCAGAGAAAUUAUGCUACGCUCUGCCUAUUGUUCAAGUCCGUCUCAAAAUACAACACUGCCCCUUUAAGACAGCUCUUUACCUGACUUGCUUUUCAAAGAUGGCUAGAAAUGCAUACAUUUUGAGCUCUUGUAGGAAGCAACCACUCCCCGGGCAUUGUUGACUAGAAAUUAGCUAUAACUGGGCUAAUAACUCACUAACUAGCAAAGAAUAUGAACAAAUGUGCACACGUGGCUACAUGCAGCUCUACCUUUGAUCUCAAAACAAGCGUAUCUACUCGUGACACACUCACGACCACUCAUACUGUAGCCUAAACAGUCCAGACGGGCCUGAGUCGUGCCUGUCAAUGCAAUAGAAUCCUACUCCAAUGCGCUUUGCCUACAAGAAAAUCUCUUGCACAGCUAGUUUUGCAUACUAAUAAGUCUUGCAUAGUUCGUUUUGUUUUGGUAUGUUACAUUGAAAGUGGCUAAUAUUGCGUUGUUUCGAUCACAAUUCUCACAGUAGAGCGAAACAUUAAUAGUUCUAACUAAUGGGGAAAACUAUAGAAAGUUGAGUGAAGUUCAAUCUCUUGCUUUUCUGCGCGGGCUGAUAUUUAUUCUGUGUGGCAGGGCCGAGGGGAGCUGUGCACAGCUUUGAGGGAACUGUGGUCAUGAACUACUCUUAAAACAUAUACAUAGAACUUGUAUUAUUCAAAAACAGUAAAAUACUGUCAAAAAUGUGAAAAAUAUUCUGAUAUGAUAUUUUGGCCAUAUCGCCCAGCCCUAGAAGAGAUACAGCAAAGCUGUCAUCAAGGCAAAGGGUGGCUAUUUGAAGAAUCUCAAAUAUAUAAUAUAUUUUUAUUUGUUUUAACACUUUUUUGGUCACUACAUGAUUCCAAAUGUGUUAUUUCAUAGUUUUGAUGUCUUCACUAUUAUUCUACAAUGUAGAAAAUAGUAAAAAUUAAGAAAAACCCUUGAAUGAGUAGGUGUUCUAAAACGUUUGACUGGUAGUGUACAUGUAUAUGUGUUUUUUUCUAGGUCGCGUUAGCUAGCGCUAGUCAGCUGUACCUGCUCCAAAACUCUGGUAUUUUUCAUCCUAUAGCUUGUUCUCCAUUUUCUUUUUAAAUGGUGUUUUCAGCACUUUUAUUUCCAUGACUGAUCAAAACUCAUUUUCUCAUGCUCUCUCUUGUCUCUGCUGCAGACGUAUAGUGAGCAAUGUGUUUGGAACAUCAAAUCUCAAUAAAAUCGCAGUAUCAAAUCACAAUACAUAUCGUAUCGGCACCUAUGUUUUGUGAUAAUAUCGUAUUGUGAGGUCCAUGGCAAUUCCCAGCCCUAAUUGUAAACCUUUGAUUAAUUAUUUAGAUAUUGUUAUUAUUAUUGUCAUUAGACAUUAUUGGAUUGCUUUGCAAGAAAAUCAGUCUUCACUCUACAGGUUUUACUGUCUUUACCUUCAGUGUCUACAUCCAAUGUCUUGACUGGUCAUAGUAUGAAAGGCACUCAUAAAUCUCCCAACUCUUACUGGGUCUUGUUCAUUAGGGCACACCAUAGAAAAAAGUAUUUCAGUGUUUUUUGUUGGACGAAGUUGAGAUGGUAUCUCUGUUUCCCAUUUACAUUUACGUCAUUUAGCAGACGCUCUUAUCCAGAGCGACUUACAAAUUGGUGCAUUCACCUUAUAGCCAGUGGGAUAACCACUUUACAAUAUGUUUUUUCUUUUUUUUCUUUGGGGUGGGGUAAGGGGGGGUAGAAUAAUUACUUUAUCCUAUCCCAGGUAUUCCUUAAAGAGGUGGGGUUUCAAGUGUCUCCGUUUCAAAGCGUCUUCUUCCGUUGUGUGCCUACUAAACACGACCCUGUCCUCCUCUCUCAGGUACUGUACUCCCCGACACAAGGACUUUGACGACCUGGAGAGGAAAUACUGGAAGAACCUCACCUUUGUUUCGCCCAUCUACGGCGCUGAUGUCAGCGGCUCCAUCUACGACCCAGUAAGUAAGCUCAGGGACAGCCUAACCGUGCUAAUCACAUACAUGGGUUGUGUACAUAAGGGCACAUCGUAGCAAAACGUUCUGCAGCAGAAAAAGUAAAUGUGCAUUUUGUGUGGGACAAGUUCAGAAGUACCUCCCUGGUUUUGAAAAGUUGAAAUUAUAUACAGUUGAAGUCGGAAGUUUACAUACACUUAGGUUGGAGUCAUUAAAACUCGUUUUUCAACCACUCCACACAUUUCUUGUUAACAAACUAUAGUUUUGGCAAGUUGGUUAGGACAUCUACUUUGUGCAUGACACAAGUAAUUUUUCCAACAAUUGUUUACAGACAGAUUAUUUCACUUAUAAUUCACUGUAUCACAAUUCCAGUGGGUCAGAAGUUUACAUACACUAAGUUGACUGUGCCUUUUAAAUAGCUUGGAAAAUUCCAGAAAAUGAUGUCAUGGCUUUAGAAGCUUCUGAUAGGAUAAUCAUUUGAGUCAAUUGGAGGUGUACCUGUGGAUGUAUUUCAAGGCCUACCUUCAAACUCCGUGCCUCUUUGCUUGACAUCAUGGGAAAAUCAAAAGAAAUGAGCCAAGACCUCAGAAAAAAAUUGUAGACCUCCACAAGUCUGGUUCAUCCUUGGGAGCAAUUUCCAAACGCCUGAAGGUACCACGUUCAUCUGUACAAACAAUAGUACGCAAGUAUAAACACCAUGGGACCACGCACCGUCAUACCGCUCAGGGAAGGAGCCGCGUUCUGUCUCCUAGAGAUGAACGUACAUUGAUGCGAAAAGUGCAUAUCAAUCCCAGAACAACAGCAAAGGACCCUGUGAAGAUGCUGGAGGAAACAGGUACAAAAGUAUCUAUAUCCACAGUAAAAAUAGUCCUAUAUCGACAUAACCUGAAAGGCCGCUCAGCAAGGAAGAAGCCACUACUCCAAAAGCGCCAUAAAAAAGCCAGACUACGGUUUGCAACUGCACAUGGGGACAAAGAUCGUACUUUUUGGAGAAAUGUCCUCUGGACUGAUGAAACAAAAAUAGAACUGUUUGGCCAUAAUGACCAUCGUUAUGUUUGGAGGAAAAAGGGGACGGCUUGCAAGCCGAAGAACACCAUCCCAGCCGUGAAGCAUGGGGGUGGCAGCAUCAUGCUGUGGGGGUGCUUUGCUGCAGAAGGGACUGGUGCACUUCACAAAAUAGAUGGCAUCAUGAGGAAGAAAAAUUAUGUGGAUGUAUUGAAGCAACAUCUCAAGACAUCAGUCAGGAAGUUAAAGCUUGGUCACACAUGGGUCUUCCAAAUGGACAAUGACCUCAAGCAUACUUCCAAAGUUGUGGCAAAAUGGCUUAAGGACAACAAAGUCAAGGUUUUGGAGUGGCCAUCACAAAGCCCUGACCUCAAUCCUAUAGAAAAUGUGUGGGCAGAACUGAAAAAGCGUGUGCGAGCAAGGAGUCCUACAAACCUGACUCAGUUACACCAUCUCUGUCAGGAGGAAUGGGCCAAAAUUCACCCAACUUAUUGUGGGAAGCUUGUGGAAGGCUACCCGAACCGUUUGGCCCAAGUUAAACAAUUUAAAGUCAAUGCUACCAAAUACAAAUUGAGUGUAUGUAAACUUCUGACCCUCUGGGAAUGUGAUGAAAGAAAUAAAAGCUGAAAUAAAUCAUUCCCUCUACUAUUAUUCUGACAUUUCACAUUCUUAAAAUAAAGUGGUGAUCCUAACUGACCUAAGACAGGGACUUUUUACUAGGAUUAAUUGUCAGGAAUUUUGAAAAACUGAGUUUAAAUGUAUUUGGCUAAGGUGUAUGUAAACUUCCGACUUCAACUGUAGUUAUUACAUCAAAGUUACUUAAUAAACUUAUUUUGGGAUACGUUCAAGCAAGUUCCACUAGGGACAAGGUUACUAAAUUGUGUUGAAUUCCUUACUAAGGCCACGAGUACCAGAAUUUAGCAUUGUGUGCCAAUGGCCUAGGAGAUCCAUUCCAUCCAUUCUGACUAUUCCACUGAAUGGAAGUAUUUGAACUGAGUGUAUUUCUGCGAUAAAGAUGAACCACUGGUUUCUGUUCUCGUUAGAUCUGUGUAUUUUAUUUAUUUAGUUUUUUCCCCAACAUUUAUUUAGUUUUUCAAUCGAUAAAGGAUGUCUCUUAACUUGAGUCUAGCUUUCAAUCUGUGAGCUGCUCAGGGUUUUUGCGUGCAUCCUUUGUUGUUUGGCCUUAAUGCCAUCUGGUGGUUAACAUGUGUUAUUACAUGACCUUGAGAACUGCAAUACAGAACAAUGAGCCAGAUAUAUAAAUGUGAAGCAUCCGGUUGGCGUUUCCACUCACUACCAAAUAUGGUGAUGAGAGGAAGCCUAGUGGCCGGCAGUGGGAGAAGAAGGAGCGAGAUCGAUUUUGGCCAACAUUCUGCUAAUUUUCAUACAGUUUUCCGUUUCCAAAACUAGAAUCUGUAACAGAGUGGACUGCGUUUUGCAGACUUUACCCUUUGCCAAAGUUGUAAGAAAUUGCGUUGUUUGGAAGGAGUGCAAGGGCGAAUUGAGUUAUUGCACACGCGCAGUUUACAUAGUCGGCGUUCCCUGACGGAAAUAUGCAAAUUAAUGCUAGAACAUGCCAAUAGGAUCUCACUAAAGACUAACUGAAGUACAAAUGUAACAACAUGGUAACUCCAUGUAUGUAGGCAUUGGAUUGUUAAAUACAUAUUUAUAUAAUUGUUUUCUUACCUUAAAAAAAAAAGGUUUAGACUGUAAUCCACUUAGGGCUGACCCCAAUUAGUUGAUUAUUUGGUCGUUAGGCUGUUGAUCGACCAAGGUUGUUUUAGUCGAGCAGUAACAAAUAUAUAUAUUUGCGCCCAUCUCUGUGAACUAAUCCAUUGCCGGAGGCCUAGACUAAAAGCCAAUUAAUGCUUGAUUCGAAAAUGUGGUCUGAGGCUCCAUAUGGAGGGUGUGACGUAUUUGCGGAGCCUCCAGAGGCAUGCAGAGUUCAAAUUGAGCUCUGUACCACAUCGCCAUGCGGCUCCCAAAUUUUGUAACAAUGCGGAGGGCUCUGUAUAGCUCCGCAUUGACAUGAUUGGUUGAUGGUAGGUGGGGGCGGUUAAACACAAGCUCACUUCCUUGACAACAGCUCUUCACUGAUCCGCAAAGCGCAAGAAGUAUGAAUGCCCUGACUUCUGCUGAGGCCUUAUCAUCAUAAAUGCUGCAUGGCCAAUUCUGACGUCGGAUUGACCAUGCGCCCAGAUGCACAAUGCACUUCUCUCUCCAGAAUGUCUCUCUCCCGCCAAUUUGUGCAUAUUCAUUGUUUCAUAACUUAAUUGUGUGAAUUGUUUGCGUUUGAUUGUUAGUGUAUAUCAAUUCCCCAUUACAUAUGUCACCAGUAGUACAUUUACCGUUAAUUCCUAUAAUUUAUAAUGUUUGUUACUUUGGUUACGGUCAUUUCUUUUAAAGCAUUCAAUAUUAUUCCAGUCUUCCUGUUUUCAUUGUCGAAGUGGACACAUUGUGUGUAGAGUGCACAACUUAUGCUAUACUAAUGUUAGCUAGCUAGCUAACAGUACACUUUAAAUGAAAACAACUUUCUGUCAAAAUUAGAAACGUGUAACAUCUGAAAAUGUAGCUAGCUAGACUAUCUUACCCGUAGACAUGGAAUGGACGCUUCUCCCUGUCACGGAUGCCAUGGUUUCCCUUACUUAGUUUGAAGAUAUAAUCCGGAGACAGGUGUUUUCUCCAUCUCCUUAGCUAUCAUACUGUAAUUCCACUGGUUUCAAAACUCGGUCCUCCAGAAUGUGGAGAGCAACACUUAUGCAGUUCUACUACGUGAUAUAUAUUUUUUAAAGCCACGUUAGACAGGAUUACCUACACAUACUGACUAGCUCAAAUAGACAGAAGUGCGCUACAUGGCAGACCAAUCCGAAUUCAUCUCUCGGCAUGUCCAGCCCACUCAUUAUCUUAGCCAAUCAUGGCUAGCGGGAAGGUUGCUGUCUUUUUCUGUGGCUAAACCAUUACUAUUCGUAAUUUAACCAUUUAUUUCGUAUUUACAGAUGACAUACACGUUUGUUAUUAAAGCACAUGGAAGUUCACAUGUUCCAGAAGGCAUUUCUGCCAAAAAAAAAACACAUUUUGAUAAAAUAAAAAAAGUUUACGUUCAAAUGGCUCUCCUGUGAAGUAGUGACACGUGACAUACGCCUAGGUUCCUGAAACGAGUCACAUGUAUGGAAAAACACACGUUUAAACAUUUAGAGCAAUCGAUUGGUCGAAAGAACAGACGACUUUCGGUCGACCAAGUUUUUUUUUGUCGGGGACAGCCCUAAAUCCACUGUCACAUUUAAUUGGUAGCCAACAUGCUUGAAUCGGGUCACAGUAUUAAAUGGAUAGUUCACCAAAAAUGAUAAAAUGAAAUAUUUGGACAUGAAGCGAGAGGCUAAUAUCGGAACCAUUGACUUGCACAAAAUUUGUGCCACAAAUGCUAAAAAGUUAGCACUUGGAACAGUGGCCAGGUAAACAAAAUAAAAGCAUGGAUUGCUUUCAUACCUUGUCCAUAGACUACUUACAAGAAAUUGUCAUUUUUUAAAAUUUGGGUGAACUAUCCCUUUAACCUCCCUUUGUGUGGCUGUGUUUCCAGGAGAUCAGUGAGUGGAACAUCAGCCACCUGAACACGCUGCUGGACAUGGUGGAGCAGGAGUGUGGCAUCGUGAUCGAGGGGGUGAACACGCCCUACCUGUACUUUGGCAUGUGGAAGACCACCUUCGCCUGGCACACAGAGGACAUGGACCUCUACAGCAUCAACUACCUACACUUUGGAGAGCCCAAGUCAUGGUCAGUGGCUAGAUUUGUGUUUUUUUUUCACUUAAUGUGAGUCCCUGUUUGUGAGUUAAGGAGACUGGUCAUACAUGCAUUUGCGUACUUAAACAGGUGGCCACUGGAGGACACUCUAGACUUACAAAAAUGUUGUAAGGAGCCAGGUGGCUUCUGUAGUAUAAAGCGUCUUCAAUAUGAGCAACAUAUUGACUGGAAUUUGGUACUGUGUGUGUGUGUGUGUGUGUCAUUGUAUGAGUCUGUGAACACUUAUGGGAGAUUCUGGAGCGGCGCCUGAGACAGCAUUUUCCACCACCAUCAACAAAACACAGAAUGAUGGAAUUUCUAGUGGAAGAAUUGUGUCGCAUCCCUCCAAUAGAAUUGUAGGCCAAGGUGCAUUGAAGUGUUCUGGCUCAUGGUGGCCCAACGCCCUAUUAAGACACUUUAUGUUGGCGUUUCCUUUAUUUUGGCAGUUACCUGUAGCUCUAUAAAAUAUAGGUGUGUAUGUGUGUGUAUUUUUCUGUGAAUAUGAGUGUGUCUGUGUCCUACAAGCAAUGAAAUUGUCCAGGCCCAACCAUCCCAUCACUCGUCGCUAGGUAGCAGUAACGCUCUUCGAACACCGCUCUCGCUCUCUUUUCGCUCUCUCUGUGCCUGCCUCCCGCCCUCUCUCUUCCCAUCAUUUUCUAAUUCCUCCUCUUGUAAUACGACCGCCCGUCGAGACUCACUAUUCCCAAAGGCCUCACUCGGCAUCCAAUUCUAUUUCCUAACGUUUAUGGCUCUCCCAACACGAGUCGCAUAAAGAGCCUCUAUUUGCCGACACAUCUCCAUCACUUUCGCGGCCAUUUCACGUCAAAGCGAAUGGGAAAACCAGCACUACUGCAUAGGCCCUAUAGUAUCACACACUCAAGGGGUUCCUUCCAAAUGGCAACCUAAUCCCUAUAUAGUGCACUAGUUUGACCAGAGCCCUAUGGGGAAUAGGGUGCCAUUUGGGCCGGCCCAAAGACUUACAGCCACUCCCGGCUAAACGAGUUGCAAGGCGGCAAGGUAAUAACGGUAGACGAUAAGGGUAUCGACAGAACGCUAUUGGAGGGCAACGCUUCGUCAAAGUAACGGUGGUGACCUCACUGGGCGACCUUGGUAGGGGCUAUCCGGUAUAGGCGUCCGGCGCAGUGCCCGUCAUCUUUAGGCUGUGUCUGCAAGGUGAGAGCAUGUCUUUCUCUCUCCUUCAAUCUCUCUCCAGGGUCUCGCUGGGUGAC